AUCCCUUCGGUCUCGCGAACCGUCUCUCCGUGCCUCGCGCCGGGCCUCGCCAAGUUCGAACCUAACCUGAAAUUCGGACCCUUCCCGACCUGGAUCUCGCCCCGCGGAACUCAUGCCUGGUUUGCUGGAUCAGGAGCCAUUGCGAGUGAUACAAUCGGCUGUGGAACUCUCUCUUGUUGGUGAAAGAAACACAAUCGUGGCUAAUUAAAAGAAAUUAGAAUGAAAAUUCGGCUCAACGCCCGGCCUUAUUUGAUUAAUGAAAUUAUGAAUUUUUAAAAUUUUCAUCCAAAGCCGCCCGCGAGCUAAUCUCUCUGACCCGCUUUCAAUUUUAUAUUUAAUCACCAGUUGACGUUUACUGCAACAACAACGUACCUACUAAUCGCAGUUCUCUUUUCUCUUUUCUCUUUUCUCUUUUCGUUCUAGAAACAAGAGAACAAAAGUGGCGCCUAAUCACCUUCAAUUUGUCGUGAUGCUGAUGUGAAGCUCGUGUGUUAAAUCUUUAAACUUAAGCAAUAAUGUGGGUUGGUUCUAAGUGGUCUUAGGUGGUUUUGAGGUAGUGCCAAGAAUACAGAACCACCGUCCAAAUAAGGGCUCUUGACUCUGAGUCUUUCAUGCCCGACAGAAAAACAAGUUAGAAUCAGAGCGUGUUAUUUCAGCAAAUUUAGUGUGGAAAUAGUUCAUUCUAAAUCCGAAUAAGGGUUCAAAGUGCCAGCGAGGCUUUGAGAUCCACCGAAAUUAUCACUUUAAAAUCCAAGCGUGGAAAUUAUAGCCAAUACAGCAUUGUCGGAACCAGUUUAUUGUUGAAGUUAGGUCGGGAUAAGUUUACUUACCACCAAAGCUUUCAAGAACGUUGGAUACGAAAUUCAGAAAAAAUCCAGCAGAUUCAGCAUAUACGUGCAGGAACCAGUUUAUCACUAAUUUUUUGUCUGAAUUUCGAGGCAUAAAAAGAAAAAAAUCGAAGAUCCGAGAGUGUGAAUAUCUAUCGAUUCAGCGUGGGAAAGCAAGAACCAAUUUUUUACUGAUCUUCAACUGAUAAAUAAUUUAUCGUGAGGCUUUCUGGCUCUUGGAUAAAAUAAUAUUAGAAUCCCAGCAAGAGCAUUUGAACCGAUGGAGCGUGACUAGGCGGUGAUUACCAUACCCGAUGAGUAAAAGUAAGGCGGAUGUGAGUGCGACGCGUUGGUUUUAAUCGCGGCGAGGAGAUCCGAGAUGGCAUGUCCGUUCAAAGCGCUCUCGUCGCAAGCGAGUGGCGAAGCCGGUGCCGACGCCGGGAGGGUAGGCAAAAGGGAGAGCUCCGUGCACCUGGACCACGAUGAAGAGGAUGUAGCUACGCUGAACCUGAAGCACCUCAGUGACGCCAUUUGCAUCCUCACCAAACCUCCGAAUGAGGCGCUCCAGGCCGCCCUCAAGUCCCUCCUGCGGGAACCGCAGUACGAGCAAUACACCGAGAUACUGAAUCAGCUACCCGAUGACCUAUCAAACGCGGAAAAUUAUCGGUAUUUAGACGACUUUUAUGAAGCGGCCUGCAGACAUUCGUCAGGUGAUGUGCGGACGGUGCUGGGCGCGCUCGGCGAGCGCCUCAUAUCCGGCUGCGAGGUGCACACCCAGAGAGGUCUCCGCUCCCUCGGCAGCAAUCUCCAGAGCUUCCUCAUCACCCUCGACGGGGUCCACGACGUGGUGCAAGGUCAAUUGAGAACUCACAACUCUCCCUCAACCCAGGCUGUGUCCGGGUUCGUCUGUACGCUGGGUUCAAAGCCGGACGAACUGGAUUUAGUGUUCACGACGGACAGACCAGCCGUCGCCUUCCUCUUAGCUGGUUCACUCAAAGCAAUCGCACUCCAAUUGUAUAAUACCCAAGCCACAAUUACGCUAACCUCCAUUUUACAAGACUUGAAUCAUUAUAGGUAUCAAAUUAUCGUGGGCUCGUCGUCGGCGGAGACGAGGGAGCACGACGGGGAGAAAGUGGAGACGGUGACGCGGGCGCUGAACGGGGUUUCGCUCUCGUCCUCGGCGGCCGACCUCAAGAUCGGAGUAGUGAGCUUCUGCAAGGCCUUCCCGUGGCACUUCGUCAUCGAUAGGAAACUAGACAUCGUCCAGCUCGGCGCUGGCUUCAUGCGACUCUUUGGCUCGCGGCUCAAAGACGCAGGAAGAUUAGUAACAAAUUAUUUCGAAUUUAGAAGACCCAGGGUUUCAGCGGUUAGUUUUAAAGGAAUUUUAAAUAGGGUCAAUUCACCGUUUGUAUUAGCGCUGAGGUUACCUUCACCACUUAGUUGUUCACCUGCGGAGGGUCUAGAAUUGAAGGGGCAAAUGGUACACUGCCCCGAAUCGGACUCGUUGCUCUUCGUAGGAUCUCCUUUUUUAGACGCCUUAGACAAGCUGACCAGUCGAGGUCUCUUCAUCUCAGACAUCCCACUUCACGACGCCACCCGUGACGUCAUCUUAGUCGGUGAACAGGCCAGAGCUCAGGAUGGACUGAGGAGGCGGAUGGACAAACUAAAAAGUUCGAUAGAGGAAGCCAAUUUAGCCGUUGACAAGGAACGAGAAACUAAUGUUGCUCUACUGCAUAUGAUUUUUCCUCCGGAUAUAGCAAAAAGAUUAUGGCUUGGUGAAAGCAUAGAGGCAAAAACGCACGACGAUGUGACGAUGCUGUUCAGUGAUAUUGUGGGCUUCACCUCAAUUUGUUCGACGGCCACGCCUUUCAUGGUCAUCAACAUGCUCCAAAGCCUUUACAACACAUUUGACGCCUUCUGUGGUCAGCUCGAUGUCUACAAGGUAGAGACGAUUGGUGACGCGUACUGCGUGGCGAGUGGGCUGCACAAACAGAGCGCGUAUCACUCGCAACAAAUCGCGUGGAUGGCGCUCAAGAUGAUACACACAUGUUCCAAGCAUCUCACUCACGACCAAAAACCGAUCAGAAUGAGGAUCGGACUGCACACGGGUACUGUUUUAGCCGGAGUAGUGGGCGUGAAGAUGCCGCGUUACUGCCUCUUCGGUCACAAUGUCACAAUCGCCAACAAGUUCGAGUCCCAGAGCGAACCACUCAGGAUCAAUGUCAGCCCAACCACUUACGAGUGCUUGAUCCGGGCGCCAGGGUUCAGCUUCAGCGCGCGGCCCCGCGAGUGCCUGCCGCAGGGAUUCCCGGCGGAGAUCCCAGGGACGUGCCACUUCCUCGACUCGUACCACCACCCCGGACUCCCCGAGGACGCCGACCUGGACGCCCACAUCACCGCCGGCAUGGCCGACAUCGAGGCCUCCAACGCCCAGGAUGGCACGUGAAGCCCGCCGUCGCCCCAACGACCGGCCACCUAGUGACGUCAUCUAGUCCACUUCUCUCUCCGUGCUUCCGCCUCAGACUCCAACUCGGGCCCGCCGAGCCUGGACCAGGAUCCUUGAAUCGUUAUCCAAGGACCUUGAUCGAUACAUCCCUAUCUGAUCAAGGUCAUUUGGACCGCGUCAAACAGAAAGGAACCAAGCCACAUCAGCUGUUGCCAAAUUUAAUCGGGCAAUUCAAUUUUUUACAUGAAAACGGUUGUGCGGAUUUUCAUGCAAAUGUCUGUAAAUUUUUUGCAUAGGUAGUAGGUAGGAGGCAAAUUCUCUCAAAGUUUCAAAGGAAUCCGCUCAAACGUUCGCUCGUAAAAAAUCAAAUUGCCCGGCAAUAGGUGAUGUGGCUUGGUUCCUUUCUAUUAUAAACUCGGUCCAUUUGUUAAUGAUUCGCAAUAACGACCUGCGCUGCUUCUAGUUUUAGAACGUUUCCUCUUUUCGUCGCGCUGUUUCGUCUGCUGGAGUUAGGGGGAGGACGAAGGCGAAAUAUGACCUUGUUAUUCUCCCUGAACGCUAAGAGGUUCUUUAAGACUUCUCUGAAAGCAAAUUUUUACCCUUACUACAGAAGUUUUAACUGCAGAAACGCCUUCAUAUUUUUGUUGAGCAGGUGAGUUUCUUUUGAUCAGGAAAAGACUGAACCACACCUAAUAUGACGUAGAAACUUAAGGAGUUGGGUUACAUACGGUGACGUAUAUCGACAAUGAAAGUACCAGGCCUCGUAUUUCGGUUUGCGACGCUGUAGAUUUCCUGUCAUAGGUACUGUAUUUUUGAGAUGGAAAACUACCCAAAGCUAUUUCAUGAAAACUUCCGUAUUUUUUCUCCUCUGUGCGAAGAAAACUUUGCGGAAAUUUCAAGAAAUUAUAUUGUUUUGUUCUCCGUCAAAAAAAUUUUAAAAAGUGGAGAUUUUAAACACCGCCAACGAGAAACGUGGUCUGGCAGUUUCACCGUCGAUAUGCGGUUUUGAAAGAGUUCAAAAGUACUUUAAAAAAAUUUAAACUUUGGAAGUAUUACUUUUUAAAAAUUUUGAAAACACUUUCAAAAGUUUCUCAAGAACAUUUUUGGAAUGUAGGUAUAUGUUAAAAGAACCUUUUGUUCGUUACUCUUAAAAAUUGCUUUGAGAAAUGGAUUUUUCAAAAAACUUAUUUUAAUGUUCUAAAAAAAGGGUUUCCAGAGUUAAGAAUUCCGAAGUUUGUUUCUAAAAUUGCCUGAAGAACAUUUUUCUAUUAUUAUUAUGAUACUUCAAAACAUUUUUCCCUCAAACAUGCAAAUGAUAAAAUGAAUUUGAAUUAUGUUUUUUUACUAGAAACAUUAAAAAUUGUUAAAUUUUAUCUUCAAUAACUUUUUCCCUGGCUCCAUUACAAAUUCUCUCUCCUCCUCCUGAGUGCAUGGCUUGCUCUCUAUACUGCAUGAGCUCAAAAGCCGGCAGUCAUCAUUCUGCGUUUGUCAACUCACCCUGGGGGCGCAAAUAUGGGGUAGCAGGGAGGAGAGGGGCGGCUGAAGUGCUCUUUGCAGUAUUUUAAAUUUGAUCCCUUUUGGAACAAUUUUUUAAUUUAGGGCUUUGUUUUUAUUUUGGAAAUAAUACACUCUAUAUAAAUGACUCUUCUAACUAUUUUUAGCCGCCCCCUCCCCUCUGACAUCCAAGUAACACAAGUUACAAGCUAUUGAAAUUACACCAACGAACUUGAUACUAUUGUAUCUAAGUGCUGUGUAUGUUGUCUAUUCACCAAUUAAAGGGGCUCCUCUCAUUGCAAAUUGCAGUAAAAUUGAAGUGAGUUGCAAUUUCUUUUUAUCGCACACUGCUUACCUUCCUCCUUAAUGAAACUCAUUUCAUAUCGUUCGGCUCGUUUAAAAUCGGAGUUUAGUAAUCAAUUUAUGUAAAAGUAUUGCAAUUUCACGUUAAAAGAAUGCAAUUUUAUUACAUUAGGUUGCAAAAUUAUAUCAAUAUUUUCGUAGCACCCGGCUACUUGGCCGGAAUGGCGCAUCUGAUUUGAGGCGGUGCAAGUUCAUAACGAUUUAAACUGGCGGAGUCAAUCAAAGAGCAGCACAGGUUACUGAUAUGGGCUCACUCUGCAUUGUAAAGGCUCUCCAGUUGCUUAAUGUUGUGAAUUAUAUUCGUAUAAUAUAUUGAACACCAACUCGACCGAAGCUAAACCCUAGAGUAGAUCAUUUUAAUUCAAUCGCUGAAAACUGAAAUCCACUGAAGCGGACAAGUUGUAUCCUCUCGCUCCUAUCACUAAUUCUCACUAAAGACUUUUCUGCUCAGUUAGGAUUCCUAACAUGGGCCAUCGCAACCCAAUGUUCGUGGCACUUAUGUAUCUAAAUCAUGGUGGAAUGUCCAGGCUGAGUUAGUAAAAUUUAAAGAAGCAGAUUCUUGUUUCUUUUGUUGUAAAUAAAGCAACUUUUAUACGACUCUGGUUGUAUAUAUCCACACCUAUAGAGAAGUAAGUACGUACUUAGAAUUUCUUCAAAUGAUGUUCAUCUCUCUUCAAUCUAGGUACCUAUUUGUAAUUUUGGCAACUCAACACUUUCUACAUGUAUGAUUAAUUUUUAAUGAAUGUCUCAGUCGUAAACUACAUCUUGUAAAGGCACUUCUAAAUAAACCUGAUAAAGAAUGAAAAUUUUACAAACCUGAGGUUUAAUGGAUACAAUUAAUUGACAGUUCCAUUGUGAUGUAAGUAAGCCCCUGGCACCCAUAACAAUACGUGCAUGACAGGGCCCAUGUCACAAUGGAGGUAGUUCCUUUUGAUUUAAAUGCAUACCAAUCUUAGGAUAAAACUGCCCUUAAUUACCUAAAUUACUCGGAUUUGAACAUUUGGAUUCUAAACUUUUUUUCAAGAAAUUGAGGAUGAACACCAUGAGUUUUUCUUCAAACUGUUUUUAGGUUUUAUUUCCAGUUUUAGUCCACGGAUUAGUUACCAAGUAGAAGUUUAUUUAAGUGUCCACAGUCUUGAUGCCAAUGUUUUUGUUAAAUACAUAUUUUAUUUGGUUUGAA